AAGAUGUUUCGGAAGCUAUUGCAGGAAGGAAGAGGCAAUUCAUGAAGUUUCCAACAACGAGAGAUGAAAUUGAAACGACCCAGCAGCAAUUCUACGAGUACUGCGGAUUUCCAGGGGUCAUAGGUGCUAUCGAUGGGACUCAUGUCUACAUCAGGAGUCCUGGUGGGUAUCAAGCCCUGUACUUCAUGAACAGGAAGAACAGGUAUUCUGUGAAUGUACAGGUUGUUUGUGAUCAUGCUGGGAAAAUGACAAGUAUCGUUGCAAGAUGGCCUGGCAGCACUCACGAUUCCCAGAUUUUCUCAGAGUGCACACUGAAGGAGCAGCUAGAGGCAAGGGCAGAUGGUACUGAGUUGCUACUUGGAGAUAGUGGGUACCCGUGCCUCCCCUAUCUCCUGACUCCUCUCCUACGUCCUCAAGGACGGCCAAAUGUGCGCUACAAUACUGCCCACAAAAGAGGGCGGUGCGUCAUUGAGCGCACAUUUGGCCGUUGGAAGAGGAGGUUCCCUUGCCUCAAUGAUCUGAGCGUGAAGGUGGACACUACAUUUACAAUUAUAGUGGCUUGCUCGGUCCUGUGGAAUAUCUCUCUCGACCGCCGUGAGCAAGAUAUUCCAGGACCUGAGCCCGAUGAGAUGCCACUUGUCCACCUUCCUCCUGGCCUCCAUGACGCUGUCGCUGGUAGGUUAAGGAGAGAUCAGAUCAUUGAGGAUCACUUCACCCAUUAACAGUCAGUACGCUGCUGCAAAAAAAAGCGCCUGUAUUUAUCGUAGUUGUAUGCAAGCCCAGCGGUUAAUAUGCGUGCAUAUGCAAUAACACAGACAUGUUUCUACCUAUACAAAAUGGUUUCUUGUUAAUCAUUUUGCAUGAAUGAUAAGUCGAAUUGAAGAGGAAAAACUGCUCUUUCAUUAAUCUGAAUGAAAUAUAAACUGGACUCCAUUACCUUAUGAAAUACUUUGUCAUCGAGUACAAGCUUACCGGUACCUUUACCCUAUUUCUGAGAAUUUAGACAUCACUCUUU